AUGAUCUGUAAUAAUUCAGUCAAUAUAUUUCUUAUUGGUCUUGUAUCAAGUAUGAAAACAGAUAUUCGAACAACUAAUGUCGAUCAGCAACAAUUGAUGACAUUUGCAUAUGUGUUUUCUGUGACAAUAAUGGUUGUAUUUGCUCUAUUAUCAAAUAUAUUAUCUGCUGAUACAUUUUACCGAGCACAAAUAAGAUCAACCUCUGUUGGAUUUCAUCUUCUUCUUUACAGUUGUUGUUCAAUAUCUGUAUUUCUUUUACUUGAGUUUCGUCUCAUUCAAUUAUUAGACUCUCUCAAUUAUGAAUCAUUUUUUUCUAUAUGCAAUGUGAUCACUCCUAUAUCAUCGAUACUUACACGAAUAUGUCUUUGGAUGAAUGGACUUAUUGGAUUACAACGAGCCUUUCAAUCAUUUGAAUUAGGUUUUCUAUGGAAUCAAAUUCGUUCUCGAGUAGCAGGAAUCAUGCUAGUUGUACUGGUAUCAAUUUGUGUAUCUUUAAUGCAUAUACCAGAGCUAAUUUCUAGACGAACAUUGCCAGAUCCAGUGAUCGCAGGCAAAUUUGUUUGUCAAAUAAGAUAUUCAGAAGAACUAUUGGCAUUGAAUACAAUAUUCUCAUUUAUUCAUGUGUUCGUGCCUGUUUCACUUAAUAUGUUGGCUAAUUGUUUAAUUUUGGCUUCAAUUAGCCGUCGAAAAGCCAAUAUUCAUAGAACAAGAUAUUGGUCACAAUGGAUUAGACAGUUUCAUCGUCAUGGUCAUCUCUUUAUUUCACCAACAUUAACUAUAGCAUGUAUUUUACCACAAUUGGUACUUACAUUAUUAUUCUCAUGUGUUAAUAUCAACAGUAAAUGGCUUUUAAGAUUGAAUACUUCAUUUGCUUUGAUUAUUCAUAUACCACAAGCAGCAACUUUCUUCCUAUUCAUUGUGCCUUCUCGUGCCUAUUUUGAAGUAUUCCGACAUCAUUCUUGGUUAGGGAAGCAUCUGUACCGUCUACGAAGACGACAUAAUACAAUUAUACCAAUAACAACAUUGAAUGCUGGCACAGCAAUGAGAAUACGAACUGAACAAUAA